CCACAGCCCUUGUGUCAACUCGCAGUGACGCUAGUAAUCACACUUAAAAAAAUUCUCUCUGUUUCGCCGAAAAACGCUAUCUUUUUCCUCUUCUCUUUUGUUGAGCUACCGGUCCUGCCUAUACCCACUUCUCCAUUGACUCGGUCUGUCUCUGGCCGUUCGUCAAUCGGGGCAUUUCAGGGCGUGCUGAAAUUGAAUGUCUUAAAGGAGUGACAAUGCGGGUUUACAAAGAAGCUCCUAGCAUUGGCCUUCUGCUAUUCCUCCUCAUCAGCCUUUGUUCUGUAUGGCAAUAUGUUGCUUCUGAUGUCCAGGCGAAUCAGACUGUACAGCUGCACGUUAAUGCUUCCACGGGUCGGCUGAUACCUGAAACGCUUUUCGGUAUAUUCUUUGAGGAGAUCAACCAUGCUGGGGCUGGAGGAUUGUGGGCAGAGCUUGUAAGCAACAGAGGAUUUGAAGCUGGGGGCCCUAACACACCCUCAAACAUCGACCCUUGGUCAAUAAUUGGGGAGGAGUCAUCUUUGGUUGUUUCAACUGACCGGUCAUCAUGCUUUGAACGUAAUAAAAUUGCGCUUAAGAUGGAUGUGCUUUGUGACAGCCAAGGUGAUAACAUUUGUCCAGCUGGUGGUGUCGGUGUGUAUAACCCAGGAUUCUGGGGGAUGAAUAUAGAGGAAGGGAAGACGUACAAAGUGGUCCUUUAUGUUCGCUCAUCAGGAUCACUUAAUGUAUCUGUAUCUUUGACGGGCUCAAGUGGGACACCAACUCUGGCUGCUGCAAACAUAAUAGCUUCUGCUUCUGAAGCAUCAAACUGGACAAAGAAGGAAAUUCUUUUGCAAGCUAAGGAAUCAAAUACCAACUCUAGACUUCAGUUGACGACCACAAAUAAGGGAGUGAUAUGGUUUGAUCAAGUCUCAGCAAUGCCUAAUGACACGUACAAGGGACAUGGUUUCAGAACUGAGCUUUUUGAAAUGCUUGAAGCUAUUAAACCUCAAUUCCUCAGAUUCCCGGGUGGCUGUUUUGUUGAAGGUGAAUGGUUAAGAAAUGCAUUUCGCUGGAAAGAAACUGUUGGACCGUGGGAAGAGAGACCUGGCCACUUUGGUGACGUGUGGAUGUAUUGGACCGAUGAUGGUAUGGGUCACUUAGAGUUCCUUCAGCUUGCAGAGGACCUGAAAACUCGACCAAUAUGGGUGUUUAACAAUGGAAUCAGCCACAACGAUCAAGUUGAUUCUUCUGUUGUCUCACCUUUCAUCCAGGAAGCACUUGAUGGCAUAGAGUUUGCUAGAGGGGAUCCCAAUUCUACAUGGGGUUCCUUGCGAGCUAAAAUGGGACACCCCGAGCCUUUUGACCUGCGAUAUGUUGCCAUCGGGAAUGAAGACUGUGGCAAGAAAAAUUACCUAGGGAAUUACCUCAAGUUUCAUGAAGCUAUAAGAAGUGCCUAUCCAGAUAUUAAAAUGAUUUCCAACUGCGAUGGCUCUUCUAAACCAUUGGAUCACCCAGCUGAUUUCUACGAUUUUCAUGUCUAUACAUCUGCCAAUAAUCUUUUUUCUAUGGCUCAUAAGUUUGAUAAGACGUCCCGCACUGGUCCAAAGGCUUUUGUAAGCGAAUAUGCUGUGACUGGGGAUGAUGCUGGCAAAGGAAGUCUAUUAGCAGGCUUGGCUGAAGCUGGCUUCCUUAUUGGGCUAGAAAAGAACAGUGAUAUUGUUGAGAUGGCAAGCUAUGCACCACUCUUCGUGAAUUCAAACGAUAGGAGGUGGAAUCCGGAUGCAAUCGUUUACGAUUCAUCACAUCUCUAUGGAACUCCAAGUUACUGGGUGCAACAGUUUUUCGCCGAGUCAAGUGGAGCAACUCUUCUUGAUACAACAAUUCCAUCGAAUUACUCCAGCUCACUUCUCGCCUCAGCAAUCACGUGGACAAAUUCAGAUGAUGAUAAAAGUUAUAUAAAGAUUAAGAUCGUGAACUUCGGUAGCAGUCCAGUUAAUCUAACAAUUUCCAUUAGCGGACUGGAUCAAAAUUCGAUACAAAAGUCUGGAUCCUCAAAGACGGUAUUGACAUCUGCUAACUUGAAGGAUGAGAACUCCUUUUCUGAGCCGAACAAGGUGGUGCCAACCCAAAGUCUACUCGAAAAUGCAGGCAAAGAGAUGGAUGUUGUUAUCUUGCCCUAUUCCUUCACUUCCUUUGAUCUGUUAAAAGAAUCGACUAGCAUCCGGAUGAAGGGAGAUGAUUAUUCGUCUAAAUCUUCUAUCUAAUUUAUAUAUCUGAUUGAGUGUAAUUAUAUGGAAUAAUCUCAUGACUCAGAUGUUAUGAUACUCAGAAGUUAUGUAGAUCUUUGUGGCUGUAACAUGUACUUCUUGCUUACCUGUUCGAUGCUAUAUAAUAUAAAUUAUAUUACAUA